CCCCCGGCCGCACCGUCUCUGCCAGCGGCCCGUCCCCUUCCGCUUGGUCUCCAGGAGGUGCACUACAAGAACCGCUACUGGCACGAGACCUGCUUCCGCUGCGCCAAGUGCCUUCACCCCUUGGCCAACGAGACCUUUGUGGCCAAGGACAACAAGAUCCUGUGCAACAAGUGCACCACCCGGGAGGACUCCCCCAAGUGCAAGGGGUGCUUCAAGCCGAUCGUGGCAGGAGAUCAAAACGUGGAGUACAAGAAGACCGUCUGGCACAAAGACUGCUUCACCUGCAGCAACUGCAAGCAAGUCAUCGGGACUGGAAGCUUCUUCCCUAAAGGGGAGGACUUCUACUGCGUGACUUGCCACGAGACCAAAUUCGCCAAGCACUGCGUCAAGUGCAACAAGGCCAUCACAUCCGGAGGAAUCACUUACCAGGACCAGCCCUGGCACGCCGAGUGCUUUGUGUGUGUCACGUGCUCUAAGAAGCUGGCCGGGCAGCGCUUCACUGCCGUGGAGGACCAGUACUACUGCGUGGAUUGCUACAAGAACUUUGUGGCCAAGAAGUGUGCCGGAUGCAAGAACCCCAUCACUGGGUUUGGUAAAGGCUCCAGUGUGGUGGCCUAUGAAGGACAAUCCUGGCACGACUACUGCUUCCACUGCAAAAAGUGCUCCGUGAAUCUGGCCAACAAGCGCUUUGUCUUCCACGAGGAGCAGGUGUACUGCCCCGACUGUGCCAAAAAGCUGUAAAGCGACAGGGGCUCCUGUCCUGUACAAUGGAAUCGAGUCCUGUUCUCCGCGCCCUCCCCCCCCCGCCCCCCCGCAGCGCUCCUGCUGCCGCUGCCCCCAUCUCACGGUGUCCCUCCCCGGAGGGCGCCCGUCACCGCGCUAGUGACCGCACUAGGCCGCAGCCGCCGGCUUCGGUCCCCCCGUGAGGACACCCGCACGUAGCUAGAGCCGCUCUUCCGCAUGCUUGUCCCGGCCGCCGUCUAGCUGCUUAGGGAUGUGAGCGAGACGCCCCGGCGCGGGGCCCCCGCUGAGCUGCGUCUCGCCGCUCAGCCGGGUCCCGCCGCGUGUCCCCCCCCCCCCGGGGACCAUCGCGUCCCCGGGACCCGCGAGAGUUGCAGCGGCUGCCCAUGACGUCCGUGAGCAGACAGCGAGCUUAGCGAAAUGCAUGGUUGAACUUCCUCAUCAGGAUGUCCCUUCCGUUCUUUUGUGCUUUCAAACGACUAACACGAAUUUCCAGAGAGUUAACAUUUGAACUUUAGCUGUAAGUCCCUCUAAACUGACCCCCCCGCCCCCCCGCCCCCCCGCCCCAGUACUAACCUCCAUUUCCCCGUGUGGCGUGUUUUCUGAACGUUCCUACUUCCGAGCGUGGAACGUGCAGGCAGACCCGAGAGAACGAACCUGUUUCACAGGAACGUUGUCACAGCGAAUCCUUCUGGAAGCUUAACAAGACUAACCCAGCUGCCCUCUCUCUGUUUUGUUUUGUUGUUGUUGUUGUUGUUUUUAACGGUUUUGUUUUAACGAAUAGUAACAGUUUAUGGGUUUGGAGACUUGCAUGUCGAUAUUUUCACGCCCUCAAAGGUUCCUGCAGUUUUGAAAUUCAUCCCACAAACACUCGAGAGGGGUAGCUGAGCAGGCGCCAGGGCGGCCACGGCCACGGCCACGCUAGGACGUCUCCGAACGGGGCCGAGCUGAAUCCCUUGUCACGCGGGAGCUGUCUGCUGCUGGUCCCUGUCGGUGAACAGGCCCGCCCAGCCCCGCCUCUUGUGACUCUUAGGACUGUCCCUCAGAGCUUAGCUGGACCUCUGGGGGAGCGGCGGCCACCCUCACGGGCGGAACCGGAGCCCCACGUAGUGCUUCCCUGAGCGGCAGGCUGCCCUCCCUCGUGUACCCUCAUCGACGUUGUUCUAGGCCGUAGCGUAGCGGGACAGCAUCACGAGUGAAACCGUACUGCCGGUGCAUAGCACGUUCUCGUAGGAGUGGCCUCAUUUCUACCGUGUGUCAGUCGCUAUUAUCCUCUAACGUUUCAGUGUAUCCUUACAGAAAUAAAGCAGCGUAUAAAUAA